GUUUGCUUAGCAUCACAUAUCAUGUUGUACACAUUUGGGAUGUCAUAUACGUCUAAGAUACACAUUUCUAUAGAGAUUAACAUCCUUGAACUUUUCUCACUUGAUUUGCUGCAUUUGUUGUUUGAUGGAAUGCUAUCCCAAACUUUGAGAGUUUGCCUGACAUUUUAUUUAUUUUGGUCCAAAACUUAGACCAUGCUUACAGAAAAGUGACUAUAUAAUGUGAUUUUGAUUUUUCUGGUUGUAUUGGUCAAUGUCUAGGUGUUGGUAUGUGUACGUCUUGUCCACACACUCUUCCUAUGCUACAUACUUGUGUUAGAUUGUUUGUUUCUCUAACCAUUGCAUAUCAUCUCUUGUUGCAUAGUUCCUUUCAUCAUUUUGAUAGGGAUAUAUGACAAGGUAUUAGGUGCUGGGUUUAAGCUGUUUUGAUACGAUGAAUGAAUUUGCACACUAUUGUAUAUGAAGAUUACUACAUGCAAUAUUCUGUCCCUUGUCUCGUCUCGUUGUCAAGGUCUAAUCAGAACAAGCACUAGAUGGUUCUUCACCUGACCACUCAUAUCAGCUCCUUCUCUCCACUUGGUUCUUACUAUUAUGGCAGACUGGUUUCUAAAGCUAUGAACAUGUCAUGUUGUUGACUUGUUUCUCUCAACCUUUUGCUAUGUCGCCGCAUCGCAGGAGCGGUGAUUUAAGUACCAGAUCCAAUAAACCGAAGAAGAACAUAUAGGAAAAGGAGUUAUAAAGGUGGGAUCUUCAGGUUUAUACAUGCGACUGUUCUGUUGUCCAGCAUGAAUGUACAUUAGAUAAAUAACAAGGCAGUUUGGGGGAACUCACAAUCAUGAUUACUAUAAAAUGCUAGUUUAAGGUGUAUGACUUAUUAAUUCUUAUAGAGUCAGAUGCUAGCAUGUCCUAAGGAUGGGAUUCCCCUUCUAAUUUCCAUUUGCUAUCACAACUUGAUAAAUUAUUGAGAAAACCUUUGUUCCCGAGUCUGGGAAGGUUGAUUACACAGAUACACUUCUGAUAGUUGCCAGCUGAUUCUUAGUGGAUGUAGGCGACUCUCCUCCCAAUUAAAGGAGUUGACCAACUAAGGGAGUAGUGGAGAAGAACAAUGUCAGUAGCUUGAAUUGUCGUAAUUGAAACAAGAGUAAGAUUUUUUUAAUGGCUUUAUGGGAAGUGCAUUUUUUAUUCUUAUGGUUACUUAUGAUAAAUUUCUUUAUAUUUUCUGGAGCAUAUAAGCUUAAAAGGCUAACGAAGUUAUAUGACUUCCCAAAGUCAAGUAGCAACUGCAGACACCAAAUUGGAUGUCAAGUUAAGGCUAAAGUUCCUGGAAUAUGGAACAGAGGGUUAGUUUAAAAUUUUGAGCUUAACCACCUUGUUCGCAGUGACUGUAAGUAUUAGAAAAAAGGGUAGAAGCCACCCUCUGGAGCGCCCCCACUGCACCAGUCUCACAGCCAUCAUGGGAGUGGUAAACCACCGAGUCAGCAGUAACUGGUUGUGCGUGGGUUUGAACCUGGGACCUCCUUUGUGGAUGCCCACCAUCCUACCGCUGAGGCAAGAAGUGCCGAGGCAACACAUGGGAACAUCCUUUGUUAACUGUAUGGAGUAAAUAUAUUUCAUCAUGGGGACUUCUUCGUUGGAUAUUGACUAUGGUUACUGUAGCAGGAAUGAAAGAGUGUAUGUGAGUAAUGAUUGUACAGAGAGCAAGAGAGUAUAUAGUAGUCAUGAACGAGGCAGGUGAACCUUAUGAGGAGCAAGAGAAAUGAUAUGGACUAAAUGGAAGAAUCAUACUGAGAUGAAUUAAGGUACUGAUUACAAUUAACACAGAGAAUUAUGAGAAAUCAACAACCCAAAAUGGAAUUUACUCAAAGAAGAACCAUACUAGCAUGUUUGAGAGGCUAGGCUUUCCAAAAAAGAACUCUCUAUUCCCUGUGUAACCCCUAACAAAGAACCCCACUAGUAUUUAUAGGAGACCCAAUGCUUAAGAAAAAGGAAACUGCCAAACUACCUUUACCAACAGAAUUUGACAAAAUUUGAAAUGCUUUCUAUUCAUAUGCUUUACUGGUCUCUUUUCUUGUUUUGCUGAUGUGGCCCUCCCCUUUGGCUAUAUGUGAACAAAACUGGAGGCAUAACACAUACCUGAAUCAACGAUUCACUCAGCUGAAGCGACUAAUUAUAUUAUCAUAGAGAAGUGUUGAUGUGCUGAUGAUUCUGUACGAAUCUGGGCAGACCGUUGGACCCAAGCACAGAAUUUUCUUAACAUCUAAAAACUUUUUAUUAAAUACUUUAUAUGUAUGACAGCAGAGUCCAGCUUUGAGUUAUCUUUAAGUAAAACCCACAAAGAAAAACCCUACGUUGACUUCUCAAACCCUUGCUAGACAUCUAGUAACUGUUUGCAUCUUUGCUUGUACGACUCCCUGUGGGAGUGCAAACCCCUCGCUUGUAAGCUACCGACUUUGCUUUGUAACUCAUGUUUUUAUUGACAAGGAAGAUAUAGAUUGAAGGAGAGUGGGAAGAUGAAGAUGACAGAACCCAAAUGGAGAUCAUUCACUUGGAUAUGAUGAUGAAAAUGAGAUUGAGGCUUUCCAGAAGUUUUUGAAGUGAUUUUAGAUCUACAUGAGUUCGGGCAAAUAUAGCAAGGCUGUGGUGCAACUGGAAGUUUAGUUCUUUAGAUCUACAAGUCCCCAGUUUGACCCGUGGCAGCUCUUUCAGCUUACAUAGGAGUUCUCACCUGGAUCUAAUGGUAGGAUGACAACAAUGGGCGUAUAUGUGCGGGAUUUACUCCUUGGGCAGUACUACUUUGACACCCUGUUUCCCCGUAUUCCCGUUCCCGUAAUGCGGUCAAUUACAGCAAAUCUCGAAAAACUGAAGCUGCCAACUAAACAUUGUGGAGUAACUGGGGAAUCUACUCGUGGAUCAGAUGACAUGGCUCGUCGGCCUCCAUCUGUUAAAGCGGCUCUUUCUGUUUCUUUUGGUCAACGGGCCCCUCAUCGUGCAUCCACAAGGGAUUCCUCCCCUGUUCGUCGUACUCUCCCACCACUGCCUUCUUAUGACAGAAAGGAAGGUGAAGAUUCACGGAGAUCUCCUACCCGCCGUCGUAGCCAAAGCCGUGAUUUAUCUGAUCGAGAUUAUUCAGACAGAGAGAGGGAAAGAGGGAGGGAUAGAGAUAGAGAGAGAGAACGAGACCAUGGAAGGGAUAGAGAUAGAGAUAGAGAUAGAGACAGGUAUAGAGACAGGAGGCACGAGUACGAUAGAAGGUCUCGGGACACAAGCAGACGAGACUACCACAAAGAAUCAAGUUCUCGAAGGAGCAGGAGCAGAAGCAGGAGUAGGAGCAGAAGCCAAAGUGAGAGCAUUCAGGCACGAAGCUUGCGGCUGGACCAUCAACCAAGCCCAAACCGAGAAGAAUCAAAAGACAGAACAUCUGCAUCUAGCAACCUAGCCAAGCUUAGAGACAUGUACGGUGACUUAAGCACCGAAAAGGGUGAUGCAACCGAUGGUCGGGGUCCCGGUAGGAGCAAUGGUGCUGAAGAGGUUAUUCGGCUUGGUGGUUCUUCUUGGAGGUAAAACCUACGGACCAUGUCUUCCAUUGUCAUCAAUCUACACAUACAUACMUAUAUACAUACAUACAUUCAUGAUGAUUAUGAAUGGAUGUAUGUAUGGUAUGGUAUGGUAAGGUUAAGAGAGGGUGGCAUGUAUAAUUUACUAUGAGGAGAUUGAUAUGUGUUGCUUUCUUUGGGGUUCAAUUGAGGCUUCUGUAAUACUUACACAAUGUAUGCUGAUCAAACUUUGUUACUUUCUAGUUUCUUUGAAA